CGAGCCCGGCGGUUCGGGCGGGCAUGCGCCGUGUGGGGCCUUGGUGGGGUGAUGGGAGCGACGGGUCCCGCCUCCUCUCGCGGCUCUUAGUGCUGGGGAGGCCUGGGCUCGCCUGGCUGGGCCUGUGGUUCAUCGCCGGGUGUCCGGCUCUUGGCAGCGCGGGGCCAUGGCGCAGCGGAGAGCGGCGGAGCGGGGCCCCGGCGAGCUGGCGAGCGCCCGGCCCCAGCAGCAGCGCAUCGAAGGAAAGGCCCAUAUAGAAGGUGGAUCAGCACGAAUGUCACUCCUCAUAUUAGUGUCCAUCUUUCUGUCUGCUGCUUCGAUUAUGUUUCUAGUAUAUAAAUAUUUUCCACAGCUUAGUGAAGAAGAGAGAGAAUGUAUAAAGAUUCCCAGAGACAUGGAUGAUGCCAAGGCCUUAGGAAAAGUCCUCUCCAAAUACAAAGACACCUUCUACGUCCAAGUAUUAGUGGCUUAUUUUGCCACAUAUGUUUUCUUGCAAACAUUUGCUAUACCCGGCUCUAUAUUUCUCAGUAUCCUCUCAGGGUUUCUUUAUCCAUUCCCAUUAGCCUUAUUUCUUGUCUGUCUGUGUUCUGGACUUGGAGCCUCUUUCUGUUAUAUGCUUUCAUAUUUAGUUGGACGGCCAGUUGUGUACAAAUAUUUAACAGAGAAAGCAGUGAAAUGGUCAGAGCAGGUUGAACGACACAGAGAACACCUCAUUAACUACAUAAUAUUUUUGAGAAUAACGCCUUUUCUUCCUAAUUGGUUUAUCAAUAUAACAUCUCCUGUAAUAAAUGUACCACUGAAAGUAUUUUUCAUUGGUACUUUUCUAGGUGUUGCACCACCAUCUUUUGUAGCAAUUAAGGCAGGAACAACACUGUACCAGCUUACAACAGCAGGGGAAGCGGUUUCCUGGAACUCUGUAUUUGUUCUCAUGAUUCUAGCUAUUCUCUCUAUUCUGCCAGCAGUCUUUCAGAAGAAGCUUAAACAAAAGUUUGAAUAAAGAUCACAUUGGAUCUAAAUUUCCCAUAAUUCAUCUCAGGAUCAGCACUUCUGAUAUUUGUAUGUUUGGUUUUUUUUUAUCAGAUCCUCAGCAAUGUAAAAAAGGGGAGACUUGUAAUGGAUAAGAACUUCCUUAUUUCUUUAAAGGAGCAUAUUUUACUGUCUGACAUUCAAGGAACUGUGUUCAGAAAUACUCUGCAUACAGUUUUGUAGUCCAAACCAUCAGUGUUUUAUUCUUUGAAGGUGAGAGGAGGAAACUCAAAACACAGAAGAUUAGUUAACUUUUUGCUUUCAUAUAUGGGGCAGAAAGGCAAAAUUGGAUAGCUUAAAAUGCAACCUACAAAUAUUGGUUUCUAAAAGUUCAAAUAACUUUUGGUCAAUGUAGUUUGUAGCAUUCUACAUGACUCUGCAAACUUGAAUGUAACUUAAUGGUUUGGUCUGAAUAGUUUUCUCAUUCUAAUUUUCCACUUUCAUCUGCUUUUGUCCUUACUGGUCCCAGAAUAAUGUAAAGUACAAUGGCAUUCACUUGUAAAACAUAAGCCUUCUCUCUUGGAGCAGUAUGUUAAAUUCCAGUGAUGUAAAACUGCAGGAGGCUAAAAUGCAUUCUUCUUUCUCUUCAUUAGUGUUGUCUCAAUUUAAAUACUUGAACUGCUUUAUUAACUGGAUUAACAAAUUCAGUCAAAUCAUUCCCAUACUGUAGAUUUUAUUUUUGGAGAGCAGGUCAGAAUUUUAUCUUGGCUUGUUGAUUAAUUUUGAAGUUUUUAAUGCUUGUUUAGACUGAUUUUUAUUUGUCUAGUUUUGCCAGUAUUUCAGAUGCAUAGACUUAUCCUGCCAAUUUGAGGUAAUUACAACAUUUUGUUAUACAAUAUAUUUCAGUCCUUAAAUGAUUAAAGCAAAUAGAGUAAUUAUAAGUGACUUACAAUUCUUAGGAUAUAUUGAGAAUUUGGGACAGAAGGGAGGGAAUUUUGGUCUUGGCAAUAGUAACCUGCUACCAUUACAACUCAUCUGGCUAAAAAGUUUUAUCAGGUAUGCAAAUUAUUACACAGUUCUUUUGUUUAUCUGAAAUAUUGCCAUGUAAAGCUCAGAUCAUCAUGUAAUAAAAAUCUUACACUUUAUACAUAA